UCAGAAGACUUUGAAAAGUCAGUCUCCUACCUCUGGAACAUGUAUAACCACUAAUUUUCCAUGAAAAUUGUUGACUUUAUCUACAUCAACUACAGAAGGUAAAACUUAUUGUUCACCAAGUUGUGCUCCUGCAGAAUUUUGUUCUAACCCACUGUGUAGUGUGCUCUUCUUGAUCAAAGGUGGUUAAUCAUCCUUCAUCUUUAUUUACUCUUAACUACGGCGUUGCUUAGCCCCUUAUAAACGACAUUGUUUAGCCCCUUAUAUACGACAUUGUUUAGCCCUCUUUAAUUCCUUGAUGAUCAAGGUACCCAUUGCUUAGCAACCAUUAAUUACUAUUUAUAGCUGAUUAAUUUGUUCCUUAUUUUUUCUGAUACUACCGUUCAUUUGUAAACAUGGAGAAAGCCUACUCUUUCUUUCUUUCACUACUAGUCUUGCUACUAUACUUCUUAGAGACAUGCAUUAGCAAAAAUAUAGUUAUAGCUAACACAGAUCAAUCAGCUCUACUUGCCUUAAAAGCCAGCUUUACUCUAAACUCUUCUCAUCCCUUAACUCGGAAUUGGUCCUCUCAAGCUUCCGCUUGUGAUUGGAUUGGAGUCACUUGUGGCUCUCGCCACCAUAGGGUGACUGCACUAAAUAUAUCCAACAUGAACAUUCUUGGAACCAUUCCGCCACAUCUGGGAAACCUCUCUUUUCUCAUUUCUCUCAAUCUAAGUAAAAAUAAUUUCAGUGGAGACAUCCCUCAGGGUUUGUCUCGUUUAAGCCGAUUGAAGGUGAUGGAUCUCGGGUACAAUAAUUUCACUGGAGAGAUUCCAAUGUGGCUCGGUUUAAGUUCUGCUUCUAUUUCCAAGUUAGAAACUCUGAAUGUUAGAGACAAUCGUCUUCAAGGCAGUAUCCCAAAGGAGAUUUGGAACCUUAAGAAUCUAAAAGAGUUGAUUUUAUCCGGAAACCAACUUACUGGCUCUAUCCCUCUCUCCAUUUUCAACAUGUCUUCAUUGGAAAUUUUAGGUCUUUCAGGUAAUCAAUUAACAGGGAGUCUUCCUGUAGAUAUGUGCCGCCACCUUCAAAGAGUAAAGACCAUUUCAAUCAUUUCCAACCACUUGAGUGGUAACAUUCCAGCUGGUUUAUCUAACUGCACACAACUGUAUGAAUUGUCAUUGUCAUACAAUAACUUCAGUGGGACUAUUCCACCAGAAAUUGUUAACUUGGAGAAGCUUGAGCUCUUAAAUCUUGGGGGAAACAACUUGCAAGGCGCAAUUCCAGCAAAAAUUGGUAAUUUAGGGAAGUUGCAGCAAUUACAAGUGGAGAACAAUCACAUGGUGGGUUCAAUACCCUGCAGCGUAUCCAACAUAACAUCACUGCGGGUACUUAAUUUGAACACAAACAAUUUAUCAGGUGUUAUACCCAGAGAUAUUGGGAAUCUUCACAAAUUGGAGCUGCUACUUUUGCAAUUUAAUAAGUUAAGUGGUUCCAUACCGGAAGAGCUCUUCAAUAUCUCUACCCUAAGAGGGGUGUCACUUGCAUACAAUAACCUCUCGGGUAGUCUUCCAUCUGCUUCAAACUACUGGCGAACAAAUCUGAGGCUUUUGCAUUUGGGUGAUAACAACAUUGGUGGAGUUAUACCCAGCUCAAUCUCCAAUUCUUCAAAUCUAACGAUAUUAGAUCUUAGUGAAAACAAAUUCAGUGGUCCAAUUCCUAACUCAUUGGGGGAUUUGAGGCAUCUUGAAUCUCUGCAAUUGUUCAUUAACAGCUUAUCAUCUCCGCGUCUAAGUAUCUUUGCUUCCUUGGUGAACUGUAGAUCCUUGAAAGUACUAGAAUUAGAGGAUAAUCCUUUGAAUGGUGUUCUUCCAGAUUCCAUUGGCAAUCUCUCCAGUUCUAUUGAGAUAUUAGAUUUAUAUCAUUCUAAAAUUAGGGGCCAGAUACCAUUUGGAAUUGGGAAUUUAAGUAACUUAAACACUUUGUAUCUAUCCCGCAACGACAUGACUGGAUCAAUGCCAAGAACAUUAUGUGAUUUACACAUUAUUCAAUGGUUAAGUCUUGACAAUAAUCGGUUAAGCGGACCAUUGCAAGAGUGCCUUUGCAAAUUGCCGGAGUUGUACUUCCUUGAGUUGUCCUAUAAUCAGUUUUCGGGUCCUAUACCAUAUUGCAUUGGUAAUGCUACCUCUUUGAGAAAUAUUUAUCUAAAUUCAAAUAGACUCAGUAGCAUUCCCAUUGGUCUAUGGAGCCUCAAAGAUCUUUUGGAACUUAACUUGUCGAAUAAUUCCUUGGUUGAUUCUAUACCUCCUGAUUUUGGUAAGUUGAAUGCCAUAACAUUAGUAGAUCUCUCAAGGAAUCACCUUUCAGGAAUUAUUCCCACCACAGUUGGAGACUUGCAGAAUCUACUUUAUCUUUCCCUGGCUUAUAAUGAGUUACAAGGAUCUAUUCCAGAGUCACUUGGGAAAAUGAUAAGUUUGGUAUCGAUGAAUCUAUCCAAUAACAUUCUUUCAGGAAUGAUUCCAAAAUCAAUAGAGUCACUUCGAUAUCUGAAGGAUUUCAACGUAUCAUUCAACAGAUUUGAAGGUGAAAUACCAAGUAAAGGACCUUUUCUCCAUUUCACCUCUCAAUCUUUUAUGGGAAAUGAAGAGUUAUGCGGCGGUUUGCUUUUCCAACCUUGUAUGACUAUGUCUUUUCAUCAUUCAAGGAGAAGUAAAUUACUUCUGGUUAUACUUGCCCCAUUGGGAGCUGCACUGAUGGUUCUUGCAUCAAUCGCUGUGUUUAUGUUCAAGAGACGUGGGAAUAGAAAUGUUCACACUCAAGCCGAAUCCUAUCCUGCAACAAUAAAACUAGCAAAAAUUUCAUACAUUGAAGUUGAAAGGGCAACUCAAGGGUUCGACCAAUGCAACUUGCUAGGCUCCGGAGGUUUUGGCUCUGUUUACAAGGGUACGUUUGCAAACGGGAUGACUUUGGCAAUCAAAGUGUUUAAUUUACAGAUUGAAGGUGCAUUCAAGAGUUUUGACACUGAAUGUGAUGUUCUACGCAACCUUCGUCAUAGGAAUCUUACCAAAGUUAUCAGCAGUUGUACUAACAUGGAUUUUAAAGCAUUACUUCUAGAGUACAUGCCGAAGGGGAGUCUGGAGCAAUGGUUACAUUCUGAUGAUUACUUCUUGAAUAUGAUCCAACGACUAGACAUAAUGAUCGAUGUUGCAUCCGCUUUGGAGUAUCUCCAUCAUGGUUAUGAAACAGUUGUUGUACAUAGUGAUUUGAAGCCUAGCAAUGUCUUGCUAGACGAUAGGUUGGUUGGACAUGUGAGUGACUUUGGCCUGACCAAGUUAUUAGGAGAAGGGGAAUCAAUUGCUCAUACUAAAACACUUGCUACAAUGGGCUACAUUGCACCAGAGUAUGGAUCAGUAGGAUUAGUUUCUAGAAGAUGUGAUGUGUACAGCUACGGCAUUAUGCUCAUGGAAACUUUCACAAAGAAAAGGCCAUAUGAUGAAAUGUUUCAAGAAAAUUUGAGCAUGAGGAGUUGGGUAUUGAUGUCAACACAAGAGGAUGUUAUUGAUGUCACGCUGAUGGAACCAGAAAAGAUUUCUUUCCAGAAUGAGCUUCGUUGUGUAUCCUCUAUUCUGGAGUUGGCAUUGCAUUGCACAACUGAAUCUCCCAAUGAAAGGUUGGACAUGAAAGAAAUCCUGGUAAAUCUCAAGAAGAUCAAGUUGGAAUUUCUUUGCAAAUGAUGUAGCAAGGUUUAUGUGAUGGUAAAUAUCCAAUCUUCAAAAAUAGCCUGUUGUCUUCUAGAUAAAUUAUUUCCUUAUACAGGAAUAGAAUUGAUAUUUGUCUUCUCUGUAUCAUAUUUAAUUAUAGAACUGGAUAUUUGUAACGCUCCGCAUCGUCCAUGCGUUAGCUCGUGGUAAUAUACUCUUAGAGUUAAAUGACUAGAAUAGUGUCAAAGAGACUUAGUCUCAUUUUUUUUGACUUCCAAAGUAAGUAAAGUAUAAACCAUAUAUAAUUUCCCUAAUUUUGACUUUUUAUCAUGUGAAAAGUUGAAUGAGCU